AUGAGCGGCGAGGACCCUUACAAGAAAUAUGCCCAUCUCCCUAUUCCUUCGUACGAAGAGGCCACAUCUUCGCGACCCUCAUCCUCGAAUACUGUCAACGAGACAAGCGAUGAGACAGAACGACAAGGUCUACUAGGGAGGCAGCCUAAUCAAUCAGCCCGCAAUGGCGCAUACCGAGCACCCACCGCCGAGUCACCGCGCCCGAGUGAAGACAGCGAUCUGUACUUGCCAGAGGUGAAUGGUGAGAGCGAUGACGAUGACGAAGAAGCGNCCGUACGGCGAGACAUGGAAGAGAUGGAAAUACUCGAGCCCGAAUCUGCCACAAGUCGGCGGCGAGGUCAACUAUUCGGCAAACUGUCCCAGACUUGGAGCAACCUACCCUCGUUCCGCCGCUUCGCAAUGCCCAAAUUCUCGUCGCUUCGCCAGCACCUCCCUACCAUACCCGAAGAGUUUCGUCUCAGCUUGCCAGUCAUUGCCCGUCUGUUCGGUCUCUUCACCCUCGCCGCUUUAAUAUACAUCCUCUUCGCUCUCGACGUCAUACCCAAUGCUGGUCACAUGGCCCAGCACUACGAUCCAGAAAGCGUGCGCGCUAGAGUACAAGAGCAGGCUUCAUUAUCUCCGAAUCGCAUUGCCGAAUACCUCGAGUACAUCACCUCGUACGACCACGUCGCUGGCACUGAAGGUGACUUCUUCUUGGCCGAAUGGGUUCAGGAGAACUGGCUUGCUCAACACCUGGACGAUGUCAGGAUGCACGAAUUCUUUGUCUACAUGAACUAUCCCGAACCAGCCGGUCGCAAUGUCGAGAUUGUGUCUCCGCCAGACAGGAGGUGGACUGCUUUGCUGGAGGAAGAGUCGGUCUUUAAAGAUUCGGGCAGGGAGAAACAACAGACACUCAAUUGGCACGGCUAUUCCAAGAACGGAAAUGUCACUGGUCACUUGGUAUAUGCCAAUGGCGGCUCGCGCGAGGACUUCCAACGUUUGAAAGAUAUGGGUGUGGAUCUGAAAGGAGCUAUUGUUCUGGUGCGAUAUUAUCAUACAGAAGCAGACCGUGGGAUGAAGGUCAAGGCUGCCGAGAUGGCUGGGGCCGCCGGAUGCCUCAUCUACUCGGAUCCUAAGGAGGAUGGUUUCUUGAAGGGCGCCGUUAUGCCCGAUGGUCCUUGGAGACCGCGUGAUUCUGUACAGAGAGGAUCUGUCGCUCUUUCCAGUCUGGUUAUCGGAGAUCCCCUUACGCCUGGCCACGCCUCACAUGAGGAUACCAAACACCAGGAUAUCAACGGUAACAUUACUGGACUACCUCAAAUACCUAGUUUACCCUUGGCUUGGAGAGACGCGCAACAUCUGUUACAAGCCCUCAGAGGACAUGGUCAAAAGGUUCCGUCUAGCGACUGGGAAGGCGGUGUGCCUGAUGUCGAAUGGUGGACUGGCGACACCAACUCUCCAGUGGUCCGCCUUGUCAACAACAACUUCCAUACCGCCAAACAACGCAUCUGGAACGUCCAUGGCUUAGUUCAGGGCAUGGAGACACCAGGCAAGAAACUCAUCGUUGGUUCCCAUCGUGAUGCCUGGUGCUUUGGCAGUGUCGAUUCAGGAAGUUCUCAAGCCGUUCUUAUGGAGGUCGUUACCAUCUUCGGUGAUCUUAUCAAACUCGGCUGGCGACCGCUCCGCUCCAUCGAAUUUGUUUCGUGGGACGCCGAAGAAUACAAUUUUGUCGGUUCUACUGAAUUCGUUGAGGACAACAUGGAUUACCUCCGCAAAAAUGGCGUUGGAUAUCUGAACGUCGAUGUUGGAGUUUCAGGCCCGAAUUUCAGAGUCGCUGGAUCGCCGCUGUACAAGAAAGCCCUUAUGCACGUCCUCGACCGUGUCACCGAUCCAUACAAAAACGUUACUCUACGCCAGCUCUACGACGAGAGAAACCAGAAGAUCGACGGUCUGGGUGCAGGGUCCGAUUACGUGCCUUUCCAAUACAUGUCUGGCACCUCAUCUCUGGAUUUUGGCUUUGAAAGCGACGAUGGUGAACAAGGAUACCCAUACCACUCUUGCUAUGAAACCUUCGAAUGGAUGACCAAAUACGGAGACCCAGAGUUCCAGUACCACAAAACACUUGCCACAGUGUGGGCACUCUUGAUCUUGGAAAUCGCAGAUCGACCAAUCAUUCCCUUUGACCUAAACGACUACGCCGCUGCGAUGAAUCCCAUCGUUGACGAGUUGGAAAAGGAUGCCAAAAACACGGCUUCAAAGCUCAAAACUGACCUCAACAGUACGCCGUUUAGUGUACAGCCACUAAGAGAAGCAGUAGAUGUCUUUGUUGCCAAAGCAAAAGAGUUCCACGAGUUUGAUGACAUGUGGGCGAGCAAAGUGCUUGCCGGCAGUGGCGGCUUUGAAACCAAUGCAUAUGCUCUCCAACGCAUUGAACAUAAUUCACGGGUCACGAAUUUCGAGACCGAACUUCUUGACUUGCCUACUACUGGAGAGGCGGGUCCCUAUGGUGUUCCUGGUAGAGAACAGUACAAACACGUCAUCUUUGGCCCACAGCUCUGGGAUGGGUAUGCAGCUGCUUAUUUCCCUGCUGUCAGAGAUGCAAUGCAAGAAGGGAGAUGGCUAGAUGCGCAAGGGCAGCUUUUACGUGCCGCUAGAAUAUUGAGACAGGCUGCUGAGAAGUUGGUUGCAUAG